ACAUCAACAGAAGACAAAGCCCUGCUCUUAGCAUCCUUUUCAUAGGAGAUGCUGCAGCUCAGAGAGGGAGGAUGGUACGCUCCGCUCUGGUACGCCUGGCCCGGCUGCAGUGGAUGUUGCUAGAAUCCACGCGGCGGAAGGAAGAGACGCAGGCAGGCUGUGGUGACCCAAGCGGCCGCCGCUGCCCCAGGGACCCCUUCCUCGAGAGACGGCACCAUGACCCAGGGAAAGCUCUCCAUGGCUAACAAGGCCCCCGGGACUGAGGGGCAGCAGCAGGCGAAUGGUGAGAAGAAGGGAGCUCCUGCAGUGCCCUCGGCUCCACCCUCCUAUGAGGAGGCCACCUCUGGGGAAGGACUGAAGGCAGGGGCUUUCCCUCCAGCCCCCACAGCUGUACCUCUCCAUCCAAGCUGGGCCUAUGUGGACCCCAGUAGCAGCCCCAGCUAUGAUGGUGGUUUCUCAACUGGACGCCAUGAGCUCUUCACCACCUUCAGCUGGGAUGACCAGAAAGUUCGACGGGUCUUCAUCAGAAAGGUCUAUACCAUCCUGCUGAUCCAGCUGCUGGUGACCUUGGUUGUUGUGGCUCUAUUUACCUUCUGUGACAUCGUAAAGGACUAUGUCCAGGCUAACCCAGGCUGGUACUGGGCAUCCUAUGCCGUAUUCUUUGCAACUUACCUGACCUUGGCUUGCUGUUCUGGACCCAGGAGGCACUUUCCCUGGAACCUGAUCCUGCUGACCAUCUUUACCCUGUCCAUGGCCUACCUCACUGGGAUGUUGUCCAGUUACUACAACACCACGUCUGUGCUCCUGUGCCUGGGUAUCACAGCCCUCGUCUGCCUCUCCGUCACCAUCUUCAGCUUCCAGACCAAGUUUGACUUCACCUCCUGCCAGGGUGUGCUCUUCGUUCUGCUCAUGACCCUCUUCUUCAGCGGACUCCUCCUCGCCAUCCUCCUGCCCUUUCAAUACGUGCCCUGGCUCCACGCAGUCUAUGCCAUACUAGGAGCGGGUGUGUUUACACUGUUCCUGGCAUUCGACACCCAGUUGCUGAUGGGUAACCGCCGCCACUCGCUGAGCCCCGAGGAGUAUAUUUUUGGAGCUCUCAACAUUUACUUAGACAUUAUCUAUAUCUUCACCUUCUUCCUGCAGCUUUUUGGCACCAACAGGGAAUGAGAAGCCCUCCCCACCCCCACCCUCAGAGAAUGCCUCUUCCCAGUCCUGUGACAAAGCCCCCCUCCACUGCGCCUCAAGACCAGACAUAAAUUCACUGCAGCCGGCUUGUGAGCAGACACUCCCUCCUGCAGCCAGCCCUCACCUUGUCCUCUGAAGCUUGUACAUAUACCAUCCUUGGGGCCCUGCAAAACUGAAGCCACCUCAUGCCCCGUGGUGACCCCUGCCACCCAAUUACAUCUUCCAAAUGGGACAGUCAAGGCUGAGGGCAUCUUUUGUUUGAGAACUCAAAGAACAAGCAGGAUCUUGAGGUAGGGAUCUCAGAGGUAGGAAGACUCAGGAAACCUGGGUGAGUCCUCAGGACCGCCACAUCCAGUAGCCCAGUGCAACACUGUCCUGUGUCUAGCAUGUACCUUCCUCUCUCUUCUAAGUCAAGCACCCACACUUUGUAAGAAGGGGGCUAAGGGGACUUGCAGAAACAGGGCACUGGACAGUGGGGUAAAGCUGUCCCAGGCUGCCCAUCUCUCAGCUCUAGGAGAAGCAGCUUAUUCUGGGGACCUGGGCCCUGAGGCAAGGCAAUGGGAAAGUAGUAGGAAGCCAUUGCUUCUAUCACUUGCUUUCCUGGGUCAUGGAACAGAGGACUAUGCUAAGUGUGGGCCUAUCCCAGGCUCCCAGGCAGAACCCAGAACUUCCCUAACACCUCCCCUAGUGAGGGCAGGGAAGCCAGCUGGAAGGACUGAUUGGCAAUCAAUCCAUCAGGCUGCAUCCACUGGGGAGGCAUCUGUGGUUGCCUCCUGAGGUGGAGGAAGGUGGGGCAGGCCUGGUGGAGGCAGUUCCAGUUGCUGGACCAGCCCUUACCCAAAGUUGCCCCAGAGUCCCUUCCACACUUCUUGUUUCCGAGGCCUUCCCCCAUCUGUUGCUACUUGCUGGCUUAUCUCCAGCCAGGCCUCUUGAGACCUUAAGAGUUGACAGCACCCCAUCCCUUCCCCCAGCUUCUCUGGCCACUCAGCCCAGAAUCCCUGAGUGCUUGCUCCCUUAUCUCUACAUCUCUGUAAUUUGGAAACUGUCCAGCUAAUGGUAGCAGCCAGGGCCAAUCUCUUGAGCCUGUCCCAUGUGAUGAGGCCAGAACUCCUUAUCAGCCUCCAGGCGGCUGGGAUCUCAGGCAGAGUGUGCGUCAGCCACCCUACCUUGGCUGAGUGCCUGCUGGAGAGGGGACCUGGGGGCCACACCUGGAGCAGCAUGCAGCCAGCCUAUGCAUGUGGCUAGCUUGGGCCAGUGGAAAUUUACUGGGUGGAGGCAAGGAGGCUCUAAGCAGAUGCUGAGGGCUCUGUUUGCCCCUAGGAAAGGGGACCAGGUCGCCUAUCCAUUUCUGACCCUCCUUCCCCACCCUUCCUAUUUUUAGCUUUCAAGUAAUAUUACAGAAGCACCUGGUUUGUUCCAUCUUGGAUAUUUGAGGAGGGAAGGAACCAAGAAACGGAGGGUGGUUUGUGACAGGCAGUGGGGGUCUAGGGAGGGAUCUGCAGUAUGCUAGUCUAAAUGAACCCAUCGCAGCUGUCCUGAAAUGGCGGCAAUCCAAUCACCUCCAGUGAAGGAGGCAAAGUUGAGCUCCUCAGAAAAGCUUGGUGAGAAGUCCAAGGUCGUCCAACAAGCCUGGGGUUUGGCCCUACAGCUGCCUCAUAGAAAGGACUCACCAGUCCAAUUAUGAGCUGGAAUGAGUUGGGAAUGAGCCGAGAGGUGGAUGGUUAAACCCUGACAUCUCUGGGGAUUUGUGGUCUGCAUGCUGCCCAGCCUUGCAUCCCCAGAUUGUUGCAUUCUGAGAUUUUCACCCCCUGUAUACCAUCUGGGAGCCAGGAUUUCUGGUUUCUGAUUCCUAGCCUCACUGUCAGCAGACAUGUUUAUUAGGCAAGAGGUUUUUGCUGUUUGUGGUUCGGUUUUACUGUGUGCAAGGUGGAUGUUCUCAGCCUGUACCACUGUAAGGCAGGAAAAGACCCCAGGACACUUCCUCUGAUUGACUCAUCCAGUUGUUCUCCUCUUGGGUGCCUCUACUAAUCUGGCUUCAGUUUUAGAAAAGUUUACAACCCCCCCACACACACACACACACCUGCUGCUUUCAGACUGGCCAAAUUUCCAGAAUCCACUUCUUCAAGUCCUCGGACUUUUCCUGGGAUAACUUACGCAGAGACUAGGGAUCGAGAAAUUUUUCCAAGGCUAAGUUCCAAAAAAUUGGGGGCGGAGCAAGCCCUCAACCAUAAAUAAUGUGACCUAGGCACAAAUCACAAUGAUCUCAAAGAUGGCUAGGUUGCGGUAGGGGCCCCAGGGCAUAUCUCAGUCUCCUACCCAGGGCACUAUCCAGCAGACAGCAGGAACAGAGCAGAAGCCUGUGUGUCAACCUCUGAUUGAGGCAGUGGAGGAACUCCAGAACAUCUGGAUGGGUGGGGAGCAAGAAUGCAGAAUUGAGAAGAAUGCAGGAUUACAAGAAACCCGAAACUGCAGGUGUGUUGAAUGGUAGAAGAGGAAGGUACUACUGGCCCCUCACAUUUUUAGCCUGGGUGGGGCCAAACCUGGACGCAGGUAGAUUGGAUUUCAUAAAGCUAGAGGAAACCAGGAAUCUGACCACCUGUGAUGUGAGGUCAGAAGUUCCCUGAGGAGGGGUGACAAGACAAGAGAUCCUGUCCCCAAGGCUGCAGUUGGAGCAGAUAUGCACUCCCCACACCAGUCCCUGGGCCCAUGUACAGUUCCUUUGGUAUAGCCUGGGAAAGUCCUGAGAUUAAGAAGAUUGACUCUUCCAGCCCCUACUCUUUCUCCUGUGGGGGCCAAGACACCCUUGUUCCAGAAGGCUAAACAUCUCCCUCCAGGCCUACCAGGUUGGUCAAGUCAGGGCUUUUACACAAGCACCUUUCUGCCCCCUUCUGGCUACUAGAGGAAAAGCAGAGUCUGGUAUUACAGGGGAAGAACAGGGACGGCUGUGACAGAGGUGUGGGGCAGGACCUGACUGCAGCUCCCCUCAGGCCUCCCAGUGCUGUCUUCUCAGCAGUUCAAUGAUUGUCACAUGGCACAAGACACUGUUGACCUGUCUGCCGAAAACCAGCCCUAUGCCGCAGUCCCCUGCCCUAAGUUUUUCCCAAGUGUCUGGGGGCAGGGACUCAGCACCAGGCACAAGCACUCAUCUGCCACACCCCCAACACUGCUACCCUUCUAGCCUCAGCUCCUCCAAGGUCCCUGGGGUCCCUCCCUUGGCCCUUCCCUGGCCUCACCUGCCCAGGGUGUGACUGACUGGAGAUAAGAAUAAAAGCAAUUGCUAAGG